AUGACAUACGCCGCCAAAGUCUUAGCAAUCCCCGAACUCCUCGAACAGAUUUUCUCCCACGUUCCUCUCCCCGAUCUCAUGAUCCGUGUCCAAAGCGUGAACAGGCAUUUCUACACCCUGAUAACCGCCUCUCCUCUCCUCCAACACAAGCUGUUUUUCUCCUCAACCAAAAAUCCAUUUAUAUCCAAUCGUUCCAACACCAUCAUCCCCAAUCCUCUCUUAUACCCUUCAUUCCACGCCUACAUCUCUUCUUCUCGCAAAGUAUGGAUCACGUGUCCGGAUCUCCGGCCAUUAGAGCUCGUUGAAUUAGGAGUUGGAAGAAGGGGUAUGCUACGAAGGGGAUUUAGGUGGGCAGAUGCGAGUUGGAAAAACAUGCUGGUGUGUGUACCACCGGUCAAGGAAUUAACGAUCCAUUCAUUGGUUGGGCAAUGGGUCAUAAAAAGCGAGACUGGAGUGCGGAUGGGGAUGUUGAAUUGGAAAUUGCUAAGGGAUGUGUGGGGGAGUCUAGAUGUGCAAGGGGAGAAGGGCAUUUUGAGAUGUGGAGAUGCGGAGAGGUAA